AUGGAACCUAUUGAUGUCCUCCGAGAGACAAUCUGGUUUCAUCCACUCAUUGAUAGCCAUGCCCACACUGUGCUGAAAAAGGACGACGUCCAUUAUGGCCUCGAGACACUCGCAUCUGCAGCUAAUGGGGAUGCAGUUCUGAAUUCCGAGACUAGCUUACCAGUCCUGCGAGCCUUCAGUAACCUAAGUGUGUUCUACGGUAGCCGGUGUGCUAGCUGGAGCGAUGUCGAGCAAAACCAUGAAGACGAAUGCGAUGACUACGAGGAUCUGGUUCAGCGGUGUGUGGGCAACACCGCUGCCUUUUUGUUGGAUGAUCAUGAUCAUCUCCAAUUUUUUGAAGACGCCGAGGGUUUCAAACCGUUUGAUUGGCACGAUCGCUUUACCACCUCGCCGACCAAGCGCAUUGUUCAAAUUGAGGGCCUGGCAGAGGCUGAGAUCCUCCACAUCGCCACAACCGAGCGCAGGCAGGGUGAAACGGUGUGGGACAGAUUCCGCAAGCGAUUCCUGGAUGCUCUCGACCGAGCAAUGGAGGAUCCGAAUGUCGUUGCUUUCAAGACCGUUAUUUGUUCUCGCACUGGUCUGAACGUGGAUCCACAUUCCUCUGACGAUACCACUCUGGCUGGCUCUUUGAUCCGCACUCUCGACUUGGGCACCCGCAGUUCCGGGUUCAAAGUUGAGGAUAAACCACUGUGUGACUGGCUGGUUCAACAAACCUUGAAAGCUAUCUCGUUGACGCGGAGAAAACCUGACAGUACGGCCCAGGCUCUCCAAUUCGAUGUUGGAUUGGGGGAAAAUUCUAUGAGCCUCGAGCGAGCGAAUCCCGCAUGCUUGCAGCCUCUGAUCGCUCAAUACGAGGCGUCCCAAAUAGUUCUACUUCAUUCUGCAUACCCUUUCACACGUGAAGCGGGAUACCUGGCCAGCGUCUAUGACAAUGUCUACCUAUGCUUGGGUGGACCUUUCCCCAUGAUCAGUCGUGAUGGACAGGAGAAGAUCAUCAGGGAGAGUCUGGAGCUCACGCCCAGCAAUCGUCUGCUUUGGGGAACAGACAGCGAAUGUCAUCCAGAGGGCUUUUGGCUGGCCAAUCAGCAAUUCCGACAAGCUCUUGAAAAUGUCCUCGUUGACUACGUUAAACACGAUGACUUCGACGCUCAUCAGGCCAAGAAGAUUGCGCUUGACAUACUCUUCGACACCGCAAACACGUUAUAUCACUUGCGCUUGAGAUAG